AUGCACCGUCUGCGCAACCUCAUCAUCAUCGCCCACAUUGAUUCCGGAAAGAGCACCCUAAGCGACCGUCUUCUGCAAGCCACAGGCACCGUCUCCGCGGCUGCGCUCGCCUCCCGUUCCCAGUUUCUCGACUCCAACCCGAUUGAGCGCGAGCGCCAGAUCACCAUCAAAGCCCGCGCCGCCCGCAUGCGCUGGGGCGACUCCACGGUCACCCUCAUUGACUGUCCAGGGCAUCACGACUUCUCGCGCCAAGUGUCCCAAUCUGCCCGCGCCGUCGAGGGCGCCUUACUGGUCGUCGACGCUUCCAGGGGCGUCCAGGCCCAAACCUUGAGCAGCGUUGAACUCGCCCUCGAAGCUGGCCUGGAACUCGUCCCUGUCAUUAACAAGAUCGAUUUGCCCACCGCUGAUGUGCCGGCUGCGCGCCACCAGAUCGAGCAGCUUGUGGGUCUGGAUGCGUCCGAAGCGAUAUUGACCUCGGCGAAGAGCGGCUUGGGCGUUGAUACACUGCUAGACGCCAUUGUGGAACGCCUGCCGCCGCCGCAGGGCUGUAGAGAAGCGCACCUCCAGGCUUUGGUUUUUGACUCAUAUUACGACCAGUACCGCGGCGUCGUUCUUUUCGUUCGCAUUGUGAAUGGCACUGUGUGCAAAGGGGAUAGCAUCAGGCCUAUGACCCGCACGCAUUCCGAUGACGGGAGUGUCUCUGAAUUUAUUGUCGAUAAGGUCGGCUUUCUUCAACCGGACGAAGUCGAGUGCGAUAUGCUCGAGUCGGGGGACAUCGGCUUUUUGACCGCAGCUAUCAAAAGGACUGGUGAUGUACCUGUUGGUGAUACUAUCACCCAUUGUGGAGACAAGGGGGCCCAAGAGCAGCUUCCUGGCUAUGAGGACACCAAAGCGGUCGUCUUUUGCGGCCUGUUUCCAACGGAUUCAGGUGAUCUACCGGCUAUGCGGAUGGCACUGCAGAAGCUGCAGUUGGAGGACGCAAGCAUGGUGUUUGAGCCGGACAAGUCGGCGGCCAUGGGGACCGGAUUUCGGUGCGGCUUUCUUGGGCUCUUGCACAUGUCGGUUACACAGCAACGACUUGAGGAAGAGUUUAACCUCAACUUGUUUGCUUCUGCCCCUUCUGUAUCAUAUAAGAUACUCAAGGAGGGCGAGACUGAAUGGCUGGACGUCUCUAAUCCGGCCUCAAUUCCAGAUGGAAAAGUGAAAAUCAUGGAACCUUACGCAAAGGUAGAGCUCAUCUGCCACAGCGAUCAUGUCGGAAGCCUGAUGGAGCUCUCUCAAUCUCGCCGCGGUGAAUUGCAGGACCAACGAUAUAUUGGGCUAGACCGGGUGAAACUUAUGUACUCGUUACCCCUUUCCGAAUUGGUGACGGAUUUUCACGACGCAGUAAAGUCUCGGAGUUCAGGAUUUGGGUCUAUGAGCUAUGAACUAGAGGGGAUGCGGCCGAACAGGUUGCGACGGAUGGAUGUACACAUUGCCAAUUCUGCGGUUGAUGGACUCUCAUGCGUCAUACAUGAAGAUAACGCAUACGCAGAGGGACGGUUUAUGGUGGACAAGCUGAAACAGGUUAUUCCCAGACAAAUGUUUAAAGUUGCCAUCCAGGCUGUGAUCGGAGGCAAGGUAAUUGCGAGCGAACAAAUUUCUGCCUACAGAAAAGAUGUGACGGCGAAAUGCUAUGGCGGCGACGCCAGUCGAAAGAAAAAACUUCUCAAAAAACAAGCAGAAGGUAAGAAGCGCAUGAAGAUGAUUGGCAGCGUAGCAAUCCCUCAAGAAGCAUUCCUUGCCAUUUUGUCCAGAGAUGGGUGA